UUUCAAAUCGAUGUAAAAUAUGUUUACAACCUUUUUAAAGUGCCAAAUUUUCUCCUCAGAAUGAUGUGAGAAAAAAGGAAAAGCUGAAAGUAUCCUAGAAGUAGCAAGAUAUGUUAAAGAAUGAAGUUUUUUUUUCACUGUGAUAAAAGAAGUGUCAAUGACGUGAUAUCUGCAAAAAGCUUUUCGACCAAUGGCUGAUGUAGAUGCCCAGUAUCUAAAUUCCGAUAAAACUCGUCCAAUGUGGAUUGAAGGCAAGUCUCGGAUUGAACAGCAGUUUCUGAAAACAAUGAAAUCAAACUUUGAAGAAAAAGAAAAAAAUGAUAAACAUUCUACAAAGUCGGAAGGUUUUAGACCUAUGGGAACUAAAGUGAGCACUAUAGCACAUAUGUUUCAAACAUUGUCUCAGCAAAAAGUUGACAGUUGUACCUUACGAUCUCCAGUGAGUAAGGAUGCUCCAAAAGAUGAGCGAGUUCAUUCCCCUGAAAAUUAUAAACCUGAAAGGUCGUCUUCGUUACCAGCAUUUCCGAACUCAAAUUGUUCUUUAUCGCGCAGAGGUAGUCAUUUAGCACGGUUUAAUAACGCCAAAGCUAUGUUUGAAAAGUUAGAAAAAAACAAAAAUCCUAAGUUGAAGUCUUCUGAAGUUAAGAAUCGUUCCAACACUGCUCCGAAUUUAGAUUGCAGUAAGGGAAAAAGUGAUCUUGUCAACCAAACAGGCAAAAUACAUCAAACGUUUGGCCUUGAGAGAAAGCUGUCAAAUCAAAUUUCUAGUAAUGACAUUGGUAAAGAUUCUUCAUGUCAGUUGAAAACUGAUGAAAAAACAGUUCUAAAGGACAAGUUUUCAUCUAUUUUAAACUGUGAUAAGCCUGUUUCGCAUCCAACUCCUGCUAAAAAUGAUACCUUCAGCAAAGUUACUGCUGAAAUUUUGAAACCAAUAUGUCCUCCUCAGUUUUCUCGCAAAAUGGAUGGACUUUCAAAAACGGCAGACAACAAAACUAAUUAUCAAAAGGGUGAAAAAUCAUAUGUGAUAUUGCAAAAUGAAACAAACUCAAAUAGUUUUGUUUAUUCCCAGUGUAACGCGAAAACAGAUGUUUCUUCCAUGAGUUUCAACUCGCAACAAAGUGCAUCCAAGGUUCUAAAUUGUGAGAUUUCUUCUAAUGAUGUAACAAUAACCUAUGAUUCAGAGUCUAUAUCAUCCUCUUCUUCAUAUUAUGAUAUUCCACAUGAAACAGCCGAUAUAAUCGCUGAAAAUUCUAAGCAGAAAUCUUCUGUUUCUAGUAAUUCGGAUAAUGAAAAUAAUCUCAGAGAUAAUAAAUAUUUAAGCAGCAGAUCCCAAACUUCCAAUAAUGAAAAAUUAGACAACGUAGCACUACAUAGUGAAAAGGAGAAUGAAAGUAUUUUGAACUCUCUUAAAAAUUCUCCAGUAGUAAAUAACCAACCAUGUAAGGAAGAUUUAGCUAAGGACAAUAAAAAGUUUGAUGUCAUGUUAUCUGAAGAUAGUAAUGUGAGAGAAAAAGAUUAUAAAAAUAAUUCUGGUCACAGAUCUGAUAUGUCUAGUCUAAUUAACUCUAAAACUAAAAGCUUUGAGGAAAACAAUAGUGAAAAAGUUAUUUCUCAAAAAGAAACUAAUUCAAAUAAUAAUGCUUCUGUGCCAUCAUUGCUCGUGCAAGGUGAUUUUGUGUAUGAUAAUUUUCAAAAUGAUUUAGUGAGCAGUAUACAGUGUUGCCAGUCAUCGCCAGACAUAGAAAAAGUCAUUACUAUGAGUGCUGUAUUCCCAAAGACUGAUAAUUCUGUUAAAAUUUCAGAAUCCAACAACUGUAGCAAAAGUUUUCAAGGAAGUAUUUCCCAGUUUCAGGAAAAAGAUCAAUUCUCCAAACACGAAUCUCAAGUUUAUAGUGAUACAAUUUUUAAAGAACUGCAUGCCGAAUUGAACCAAAAAUAUGAGUAUGAAUUACCAGAAAAAACUCAUUUCAAGGAAUUGGAUAAUGUUAGUCAUCAGCCUUUAUUAAGUUAUGAGGAACAUUUGAAAGAAGGAUUGAAAGAGACUUUUGUUGAUGAUAUUCCUGCUGACGAGCAAUUUUCAGAUCCAAGUAAUGCUUAUUUCUUUCUGCCUGACAAAUUGCAUGAUGAAAGUUUUAGUGUUGUAGAUGAACAUUUCCCUUUUGUUCCUCCAUCGGAAUGGCCUAAAUUGAGAAAAAAUUUCCUCCCACCAUUUGCGGAUGAUCCAUUUCAAGGUAUUUCAUCCAAAGGAUCUGCAAAAACUGAUGUUAGUUUACAUGAUUCUGCUGGUGAAUCAUUAGCAGAAUAUCAGGAACAAGAUUUAGAAAUAAUUGAUGCAGAAUUAGAGGACUUGAAAACUUUAAAUACAUCAUUAAAAAAAAGUAACAACCAUGGAUUUGUUGAGCUUAUGACUCAGGACGAAGCUGAAAAACUUUUAAGUAAUAGUGAACCUCGUGUUUUGUUAAGUGAUGAAGAAGCCAGAGAAGUUUUACUCCUUUUAUCCCAAUCAGAUGAGAAACCAGAAGAAAAGUGCAGCACUGAAGAAAAUGCCCUUAAUUCUACAUUUACCCAAGAUACUUUCAAUUCUACAUUUACUCAAGAUGGGUCUAAAACAAGUUUCACACUAGAUGGUACACAAUAUCAUUUGUUAGAAGAUGGUCAUUACUAUUUUGAAUAUCCAGGCUUAUCACCUCCUGAGUUAGACGAGUCUGGGAGUUCAGAAAUGAGUGCAGAAAAUUUAAAUGCGUCAGACGAUCAAAAAGUUCCUCGUAAAAAAGCCAAAAUUCAUUUUAGUACCGACCCUAUUAAAGUUUAUAGUACUCAUUCCACUGAAGACUAUGAUCGAAGGAACGAGGAUGUUGAUCCAAUUUCAGCGUCAGCCGAGUAUGAAUUGGAAAAACGCAUUGAAAAAAUGGAUGUUUUUCCUGUUGAUCUAGUCAAAGGUCCUGAAGGAUUAGGUCUAAGCAUCAUAGGAAUGGGAGUAGGCGCUGAUGCUGGUGUUGAAAAAUUAGGAAUCUUUGUAAAAACUGUUACUCCAAAUGGAGCUGCAGAUAAAGAUGGACGGAUUAAGGUCAAUGACCAGAUAAUUGAAGUGGAUGGAAAAUCGCUUGUUGGUGUUACUCAAGCAUAUGCUGCCACUGUUUUGAGGAACACUUCUGGGCCUGUGAGGUUUGUGAUUGGACGGGAAAAAGAAGGGACUCAUAGUGAAAUAGCACAGCUAAUUUCUCAAUCUUUGAUAGCUGAUAAAGAGAGAGACACUGAUCCAGAAAAUGUUGAGUUUAUGUUCAAGAAUAAAGCUCAUUGUGGCAGUAUCUUAACUGAAGAUGAACUUAAGAAAGCUAAUGAAAAGUUACAGGCAAUGGAACAUAUGGAGCACGACUACAUUAAGUGGCUUGAUAUGGCGCAGUGCCAACUUGAAGAACUCAGUCUUAAUCUGCAAAAUGCUGAGCAAGAGCGGCUACAGUAUAAGACUGAAUUUGAAUCUGUUAAAACAAAUUAUAUAUUAUUAGAAAAAAAGUAUGCCAAAGCUAAAAGUUAUAUUAAAGAGUUCAAGCGAAGAGAAAAAGAGCUUAUACAAUGGCAAGAAUAUCACUCUCAGCAACUACAAGAGAAAGAUCAGGAAUACAACGCUUUAGUCAAAGUUUUGAAAGAUAGAGUCAUAUUACUUGAGCAAACCUUGCUAGAAACUCAGAAGUCUUCGGGUCUUCCCACCAGAUUACCUUAUAACACACCAUUAAAGCAAGUAGUUCCACAGUACAGAAAUGUUAUCAGUCCGCCAAAAUUUUUGCAUGUCCAAUGCCAUGAUUUAUCUGAUAGUGACAUAUCAGAUAGUGAAUUGCAAUCUCCUUUUAGUCCUGAUGAUGAUUUCUGUGAUAGAAGAGCUACAAUGGAGCGUAAAUCUAGCAGGGAUAAAUCAUUUGAUACUGCUAUUCCCCAAACCGAAUUACUUGACACAAGUGCUGCUAAGGCCAAAGCAGAAUUAGCGAAUAAAGGAAGUUUGGCAAAUCGCCAGCCACCUUCAAGUAAAAAGCAAACAUCUGCUGAAUCGCCUCCUGGGAAAGCUGCAGUGUAUGACAUAUUUGUGAAUUUUAUGGAAACCAAUCAUGUACAAGUAUCAGAAAUAAAUUCAACAAGCACAAGUGAGGUUGCUCUUAGUGAUUCGCAACUGGAAAAUGAUUUAGAGAUGGAAGAAAGUUUACUUGGUUGCUCUCCACCUCUAACAUUAAUGGAGGAGAUGAAAGCAGCUGUCGCAGCUCGGCAGGCACGAAUCAACUUGAGUUCAUCCUCAGAUGAUCAGUUUGAAAUGGAUCACGCUACACAACAGGCAAAUUCAUCUUUAAACCAACAACCCUUUUGUGACGUAUUUCCGGCAUUAAAUGAAGGUUUCAGCCGUGACGCAUCCCAAUCAAGGUCAUCUCUGCACUCAAACUCUAGUCAGAUGAAUUCUUCUUUGGCAUCUCAAGCACAGUUUUCUGACAUGUCGACAUCAGAGCAGUCCUUUUCUGUUAAUACUGGAGAUAGUUUAGCUUCACUUCUUUCCAAUGAAAGUGCCACAUCUGAAACUGCUGCUCAAGUUGCAAGUUCAGAGAACCUUGCAUCUCCAAUGAGCGAAGAAAAGCAAUUUCAAUCUCAUUUGUCUUCCCCGGUUCAUGAGUGGACUACUGAACAGGUUGCACUAUGGCUUCAGUCUCUAGGGUUUGAUCAUCAUGUGCCACAGUUUCUGGAGUCUGAUAUUACUGGCCAAAUUUUACUCCAAAUUGAUAGCUCUCGUUUAAAGGUUCUCGGUGUAUUAAGUAGUGCAGAAAGAAGUAUUAUAAAGAAACGAGUUAAGGAAAUGAGACUUCACCUGGAGAAAUUGCAAAAAAGUAUGGAAAAAGAACAAAAAGCUAAAGAGAAACUAUGGAAGAAGAAAUCAGGAAAAAAGUAAACUAUGUAAAUGUAUAUAAUAUAUAUAAGUUGUUCAUUUAUUUUUAGAUUUUUAAUAACUACAUUUUGUACAGAAUGAAUACUUAAAAUCUCAUGCACAGUGGAGUCAUAU